AUUGAUAAAUGAAUGACUGAUUGACUCGUUUGAAGGCAAUUAUAUUCCGUCGAUUGAGAAGCCAUUGCCGGGAUGUGAGCGAAAGAAUCUGACGUUUUGUUUGACGUCAUCCAAAGAGUUGGCUAAAUGUCUGGACCUCCAGAAGGCGGCCUUCGCUCGCAGAAUACGACCGCAGAUUCGGUGCCAUUCGGCCGACUCUCACAAGGCUUGCAUUGAAGCCGUCAAUAACCGGAAGGCAGACCUCAUAGCACUGGACGCACAACACUUCUAUCGCGCCUCAAGGUAUGACUUUCUGUUGCCAAUCGCAACCGAAGUGACCGACUCUCCAGAGUAUUCGGUGGCUGUUGUGAGGGCCGACUCAUUGGUCGGAUCGUUGGCUGAUUUGCGGGGCAAGAGGUCGUGUCACACGGGCUUCGGACAGACCACUGGUUGGGUUGUGCCGGUGGGCGCUCUGGUCGAGGACGGGGUGUUGACAAGUGAUAACUGCAACCGAGCCGUAGAGAUGGCGGCCUUCUUCACGGGUUCGUGUGUUCCCGGGGCUGCAGACGCCAGAGUCAACUCCAAUGGCAGUGGAGUCGACAGUCUCUGCUCGCAGUGUAUUGGCGACGACAAUGGGAGUCAUGUGUGCGAUAUGUCCGCCGCUGAACGAUUCAGUGGUGAAGAGGGGGCCUUCAGAUGUCUGGUGGAAGGGAGGGGUGACGUGGCGUUUGUCAGUCACAAGACUGCGCUUAAGCUGACGGACGGCAAGAGUGAGCAGAAGUGGGCCAAAGAGUUGCGUUCCGUUGACUUCCGACUCCUUUGCAGAAAUCAAAACCGAAGUCAAAACGUAUUGACGAAUAACGGGAUCAACGACUUCAACACAAUUCCCAAUCCAAACAGUGUUCACAACAGUCAGCGCUUUCGACUCAACAGUUAUUUGGCGCCCAUUACUGACUACCAGAGCUGUCACAUCGCACGCAUACCGGCGCCCAUUGUGGCCACCAGUUCGCAGACACCCGAGGAGUUGCGGUUCGAAGUCCUGCAACUCGUCACAGCCCUCAGCGACACAUUCACUAAUAAAGUGCCGCAAAGUUUCCGAUUAUUUGGCGAAUAUCGCAAUCAAUCGGAUCUCAUAUUCAGCGACAACACCAACCGAAUUGAAUCCCUGCCCCCGGAAACCACAUACGCCGACGCAUUGGCACACUUCCUACCACUCCUCGAAGACAACGAUCCCAUCGCCUGUGCCAACGAAGCACAACAUCUCUGGCCAUCCAUCGCAACAAUCAUUGUUUCCAUAUUUUGCAUACCAUUUGUGUUUAAA